AUGGCUGCUGCUGCUGCUCGGACACUUCGCAUUGGCUUAAUCCCCGGAGAUGGCAUCGGGCGGGAGGUCAUCCCGGCCGGCCGUCGCAUUCUGGAAGCUCUGCCUGCCUCUCUGAACCUCAAGUUCAGCUUUGUCGAUCUCGAUGCUGGCUUCGAGACCUUCCAGAAGACAGGCUCCGCGUUACCUGAUAAGACCGUGGACACCCUGAAGAAGGAGUGUGACGGUGCUCUUUUCGGAGCUGUCAGCUCCCCUAGCACCAAGGUCGCUGGCUAUUCUUCCCCCAUUGUCGCCCUUCGCAAGAAGCUUGACCUGUACGCCAAUGUCCGCCCUGUCAAGACCACCGCCGGCAGCAGCAAUGGCAAGCCCAUCGACUUGGUCAUCGUUCGUGAGAACACCGAAGAUUUGUACGUCAAGGAAGAACGCACCGUGGAGGGUCCCAAUGGCAAAGUCGCCGAGGCCAUCAAGCGCAUAUCCGAGCGUGCCUCUCACCGCAUCUCCACGAUUGCUGGUGAAAUUGCUCUGCGCCGCCAAGGUAUUCGGGAAGCUGCCCCGGGCACCUCCUCGCAUAGUCAGCCCAUGGUGACCAUCACGCACAAAUCCAAUGUGCUGUCCCAGACCGAUGGUCUUUUCCGGGAGACCGCGCGCCAAGCUCUUGCCGCCCCAAGGUUCUCCUCUGUCCAGGUCGAGGAGCAGAUUGUCGAUUCCAUGGUCUACAAGCUCUUCCGCCAGCCCGAGUAUUAUGAUGUUAUUGUGGCCCCCAACUUGUAUGGUGACAUCCUCUCCGACGGUGCUGCUGCUCUGGUCGGCAGCUUGGGUCUCGUCCCUAGCGCUAACGUGGGUGAUGGUUUCGCUAUCGGUGAGCCCUGCCACGGCUCCGCUCCUGAUAUCGAGGGCCAGGGUAUUGCGAACCCCAUCGCUACUUUGCGCUCCGUUGCUCUGAUGCUGGAGUUCCUGAACGAGCCUGAUGCGGCUGCCAAGAUCUACACCGCUGUCGAUGCCAACCUCGACGAGGCUAAGUUCCUCUCCCCUGAUAUGGGUGGCAAGGCUACCACUCAACAGGUCCUGGACGAUGUCCUCAAGAGACUGUAA